CAUGGAAAGUCUUCAUCAUAGAUGGCAGUUGCUCCUUGUGGCGGUGCUUUUCUGCCUGUGUAAUGUGGAAUCUAAGCCCAGCCAAGUGGAGCGCAUUAUCAAUGGUGAAAAUGCAAAACCCAAACAAUUUCCUUAUCAAGUUUUUUAUGAUAUUGAAGUAACAAAACAAUGGAAACAGACGUGUGGUGGAACUAUAAUCGGUAAAAAGACGAUUCUGACAGCAGCUCAUUGCUUGGAUGGGAGGUCUGGCGAAAUACAACGAAUAAAAAUUUACCUUGGAGCCGUGGAUAAAAGUAAUAGCACAGAAACUGGACAACAAAUUGUGAUCGUGGAAGCUGGAAGCUACGUGAUUCAUGAAGACUGGGAUAUCAACAAAAAGAGCAACGAUAUUGCUUUAAUUAAACUACCAACUGAUCUGGAGUUCAACCAGUAUAUUCAACCAGCUGAAUUGCCAAAACCCAAUAGUCUUCAUGUAGACAAAAAUGCUAUUGUCUCCGGUUGGGGCAGAGUUAAAGGUUUCGUAAGAACUGAGCAUUUGCAAUAUACGAAUGUGAUAACAUUAUCGAAUGAGGAAUGCCAGUCUUUAUUAAGAGAAAAGAAGUUUUAUUCACAUUGGCUUUGUAUUGCGCCUGGUGAGACAACGACAUGCAGUGGAGACUCUGGUGGUCCAUUAGCGGAAAGAAACCCUGAUGGCUCUGGCACUGUGAUUGGUAUCGUAUCGUUUGGAUUUGGCCGUUGCGAUUCAAAGUUCCCGGCUGUUUUCACUCGGGUUGCAUAUUUCCUAAACUGGAUCGCUCAACACAUCAACGAGUCGUAA